CACGUAUUAUGUUUACGUUGCUUCUUUGUCAAUCGCCAAGUCAUGUAAGAGAAUGUACCGUACAAACCGUACCAUGGCCUGGACAUUUAAGGAACGCGGAACUCUAUGGUCAUCAGUUUCCUGCCAUCUUCGCAUACCGUUUGUUUCGCAUUAAAGACAUACAGUUCAGGUCCGUCUAUCACAGAAGCCUAUCGAACCCUCCAGGCGCGUGGAGUCUUCAGCAUGCAGAUCUUUGUGAAGACCCUCACGGGCAAGACUAUCACCCUCGAGGUGGAGUCCUCCGACACCAUCGAGAAUGUGAAGGCCAAGAUUCAGGACAAGGAGGGCAUCCCCCCCGACCAGCAGCGCCUGAUCUUCGCCGGCAAGCAGCUGGAGGAUGGCCGCACCCUGGCUGACUACAACAUCCAGAAGGAGAGCACGCUGCACCUGGUGCUGCGUCUGCGCGGUGGCCAGUAGUCUGUGUAUGAAUGGACACAAUUGUAUGUUUACGCUUCGAUCUUGUUUGUACAAUAAGCUUUUGUACGAUAACGCAGUGGUUGUCUGAUACAUUGCCAUCCGGCGGAUGAGCGCGGGCAUAUGCAACUGGCUCAACACUCUUUUAGAUUGCAUAUACGUGUAACGAUAAGAGGCGAAAAA